AUGAUCGAUCCAGCUAUGGAUUCCGGUUCCACAAGUGAAACUGCACAGCAGUUAUCUCAGCUGCUCAUCAAGCGAAGACAAAUAAAGGGUUCACUAACGCGUUUUAUAGCGUAUCUAGAAAACUUUGGUAAAAGUGAAAUAAUUCAAUUAGAGGCGCGUUUAGAGCAAGCCACGGAAUUGUUAGACAAUUUCAGUAAAGUACAAGAUGAAAUAGAGAUUCUCAGUGAAACUGAGUUCAAGUGA